AAUCCGGCAACCGUAACCAUGACCACCCACGUCACCCUGGAGGAUGCCCUGUCCAACGUGGACCUGCUGGAAGAGCUGCCCCUCCCCGACCAGCAGCCAUGCAUCGAGCCGCCGCCAUCCUCCAUCAUGUACCAGGCUAACUUUGACACAAACUUCGAGGACAGGAAUGCAUUUGUCACAGGCAUUGCAAGGUACAUUGAGCAGGCCACGGUCCAUUCCAGCAUGAAUGAAAUGCUGGAGGAAGGGCAUGAGUAUGCGGUCAUGCUGUACACCUGGCGCAGCUGCUCCCGAGCCAUCCCGCAGGUGAAAUGCAAUGAGCAGCCCAACCGGGUCGAGAUCUAUGAGAAGACAGUGGAGGUGCUAGAGCCAGAGGUCACCAAGCUCAUGAAGUUCAUGUACUUUCAGCGCAAGGCCAUCGAGCGGUUCUGCAGUGAGGUGAAGCGGCUCUGCCAUGCUGAGCGGAGGAAGGACUUCGUCUCCGAGGCCUACCUUCUGACCCUGGGCAAGUUCAUCAACAUGUUCGCUGUCUUGGAUGAGCUGAAGAAUAUGAAGUGCAGCGUCAAGAACGACCACUCUGCCUAUAAGAGGGCGGCACAGUUCCUGAGGAAGAUGGCGGACCCCCAGUCUAUCCAGGAGUCACAGAACCUUUCCAUGUUCCUGGCCAACCACAACAGGAUCACCCAGUGUCUCCACCAGCAACUGGAGGUGAUCCCAGGCUAUGAGGAGCUGCUGUCAGACAUUGUCAACAUCUGCGUGGACUACUACGAGAACAAGAUGUAUCUGACCCCCAGCGAGAAGCACAUGCUGCUCAAGGUAAUGGGUUUUGGUCUCUACCUGAUGGAUGGAAACGUCAGUAACAUUUACAAACUGGAUGCCAAGAAGAGAAUCAACCUCAGCAAAAUUGAUAAGUUUUUUAAGCAGCUGCAAGUGGUGCCCCUUUUCGGCGACAUGCAGAUAGAGCUGGCCAGAUACAUUAAGACCAGUGCUCACUAUGAAGAGAACAAGUCCAAGUGGACAUGUACCCAGAGCAGCAUCAGCCCCCAGUACAACAUCUGCGAGCAGAUGGUUCAGAUCCGGGACGACCACAUCCGCUUCAUCUCCGAACUCGCUCGCUACAGCAACAGUGAGGUGGUGACAGGCUCCGGGCUGGACAGCCAGAAGUCAGACGAGGAAUACCGCGAGCUCUUUGACCUGGCCCUGCGGGGCCUGCAGCUUUUAUCCAAGUGGAGCGCCCACGUCAUGGAGGUGUACUCCUGGAAGCUGGUUCACCCCACUGACAAGUUCUGCAACAAGGACUGCCCUGGCACGGCGGAGGAGUAUGAGAGAGCCACGCGCUACAACUACACCAGUGAGGAGAAGUUUGCCUUUGUCGAGGUGAUCGCCAUGAUCAAAGGCCUCCAGGUCCUCAUGGGCAGGAUGGAGAGCGUCUUCAACCAGGCCAUCAGGAACACCAUCUACGCGGCCCUGCAGGACUUCGCCCAAGUGACGCUGCGCGAGCCCCUGAGACAGGCCGUGCGGAAGAAGAAGAACGUCCUUAUCAGUGUCCUGCAGGCAAUUCGAAAAACCAUCUGUGACUGGGAGGGGGGCCGAGAGCCCCCCAAUGACCCGUGCUUGAGAGGGGAAAAGGAUCCCAAAGGGGGAUUUGACAUCAAGGUGCCCCGGCGUGCUGUGGGGCCCUCCAGCACACAGCUGUACAUGGUGCGGACCAUGCUGGAAUCACUCAUCGCAGACAAGAGCGGCUCCAAGAAGACUCUGAGAAGCAGCCUCGAUGGACCCAUCGUCCUUGCCAUAGAGGACUUCCACAAACAGUCUUUCUUCUUCACGCACCUGCUCAAUAUCAGUGAAGCCCUGCAGCAGUGUUGUGACCUCUCUCAGCUCUGGUUCCGAGAAUUCUUCCUGGAGUUAACCAUGGGCCGGCGAAUCCAGUUCCCAAUCGAGAUGUCCAUGCCCUGGAUUCUCACAGACCAUAUCCUGGAAACCAAAGAACCUUCCAUGAUGGAGUACGUGCUCUAUCCCUUGGACCUGUACAAUGACAGCGCCUACUACGCUCUGACCAAGUUUAAGAAGCAGUUCCUGUACGAUGAGAUUGAAGCCGAGGUGAACCUGUGCUUUGAUCAGUUUGUCUACAAGCUGGCGGACCAGAUCUUUGCCUACUACAAAGCCAUGGCUGGCAGUGUCCUGUUGGAUAAACGUUUUAGGGCCGAAUGUAAGAAUUAUGGAGUCAUCAUUCCAUAUCCACCGUCCAACCGCUACGAAACAUUGCUGAAACAGAGACACGUGCAGUUGUUGGGUAGAUCAAUUGACUUGAACAGACUCAUCACCCAGCGCAUCUCGGCCGCCAUGUAUAAAUCCUUGGACCAGGCCAUCAGCCGCUUCGAGAGUGAGGACCUGACUUCCAUUGUGGAGCUGGAGUGGCUGCUGGAGAUCAACCGGCUCACGCACCGGCUGCUGUGUAAGCACAUGACCCUGGACAGCUUCGACGCCAUGUUCCGGGAGGCCAAUCACAACGUGUCCGCCCCCUACGGCCGCAUCACCCUCCACGUCUUCUGGGAGCUGAACUUCGACUUCCUCCCCAACUAUUGCUACAACGGGUCCACCAACCGUUUUGUUCGAACUGCCAUUCCUUUCACCCAAGAACCGCAAAGAGAUAAGCCCGCCAACGUCCAGCCUUAUUACCUCUAUGGAUCCAAGCCUCUCAACAUUGCCUAUAGCCACAUCUACAGCUCCUACAGGAACUUCGUGGGUCCCCCCCACUUCAAGACCAUCUGCAGACUCCUGGGUUACCAGGGCAUCGCGGUGGUGAUGGAGGAACUGCUGAAGAUCGUCAAGAGCUUGCUCCAAGGAACCAUUCUCCAGUACGUGAAAACACUGAUCGAGGUGAUGCCCAAGAUAUGCCGCUUGCCCCGACACGAGUAUGGCUCCCCAGGGAUCCUGGAGUUCUUCCACCACCAGCUGAAGGACAUCAUUGAGUACGCAGAGCUCAAGACAGACGUGUUCCAGAGCCUGAGGGAGGUGGGCAAUGCCAUCCUCUUCUGCCUGCUCAUAGAGCAAGCUCUGUCUCAGGAGGAAGUCUGUGAUUUGCUCCAUGCUGCACCCUUCCAAAACAUCCUGCCCAGAGUCUACAUCAAAGAAGGGGAGCGUCUGGAGGUCCGCAUGAAACGUCUGGAAGCCAAGUAUGCUCCGCUCCACCUGGUCCCUCUGAUAGAGCGGCUGGGGACCCCUCAGCAAAUCGCUAUCGCUCGGGAGGGCGACCUGCUGACCAAGGAGCGGUUGUGCUGUGGCCUGUCCAUGUUUGAGGUCAUCCUGACACGCAUUCGGAGCUACCUGCAGGACCCCAUCUGGCGGGGCCCACCACCCACCAAUGGCGUCAUGCAUGUUGACGAGUGCGUGGAGUUCCACCGGCUCUGGAGUGCCAUGCAGUUCGUCUACUGCAUCCCCGUGGGGACCAACGAGUUCACAGCUGAGCAGUGUUUUGGUGAUGGUCUGAACUGGGCUGGCUGCUCCAUCAUCGUCCUGCUGGGCCAGCAGCGUCGCUUCGACCUGUUUGACUUCUGUUAUCACCUGCUGAAAGUCCAGAGGCAGGACGGGAAGGAUGAGGUCAUUAAGAAUGUGCCCCUGAAGAAGAUGGCAGACAGAAUUCGGAAGUACCAGAUCUUGAACAAUGAGGUUUUUGCCAUCCUGAACAAGUACAUGAAGUCCGUGGAGACGGACAGUUCCACUGUAGAGCAUGUGCGUUGCUUCCAGCCACCCAUCCACCAGUCCCUGGCCACCACCUGCUAGGUGGAAGGGCCUGCAGACCCUUGACCUGGACGAGAAGAAGAAGCAGGAGAGAGAAAGCCAUGGCCAGCCUGCAACAGGGUCCCGACUGGACAGCAUAUGGGAUAAGCCUGGAAGCAAACAAGAACCUCCCCAAACACAUCUACACCUCCCAAGGGCUGGGCCUGUGCAUGCUGUCCCAUGACAUCUCCAUGGUGGUUUUUCCAUAGCAUCAAUGAAAAAAAAAAAAUGAAACAGGGCAGUAUGUGCUUUUUCUUUUCUUUUUUCCCCUCAGCCGUGCUAAGAGCCCUAGUUUCACCCCUUCUCCACCUCACAGCCCCACCCCACAUCCAUGGUUGCCUCUCAAGACCUCCUCCCAGAUGAUGACCUCCUACCCAGUGCCCAUGUGCCACCUCAGGAGUGAAGUCUCAGAGAAAGAGACAAGAGCAUGGGCGUAUCCUGAGAUAACAGCCCAACCUGACAAGCGUGUUUCCACUUCCUGGCUUCUUCACCUCCUCUGGCUCCCUACCCCCCAUUUUCCCAGGCAACACCUCCUCCUACUCUGGAUGCGGGGGAUUCUACCACCAACAGUGCUUGUGGACCAGACGCUAAGAGCCAGGGGAAACAGAAGACAAGGUUCCUGGUACUGGCCCCGUGAUAGAUGGUGUUGGCUCUGGCCUUCCCUGGACUCCCCAAAACCACGCUCCCCUCUCAGGGCACUCCUAGAGAGAAAUCAGAAAUGCAUUCACAACCAUGUCUCACUGACUAGAAUUCGGGUAGAAAGAUGGUCAGGCCUGCUGUGCGGAAGCAGCAUUUAUUGACAUAGCCAGGAAUUCCAUAGUCCCAAACACCCUCAGCUUGAUGAUGAGGUGGUUCCUUUAUUCGUUCAGCAAAUACUGUGAGCAGCAAGGUGCACAGGGCUGAGGACAGUGGGAACACAGCACUGAACAAGUCAGGCACAUACUGCCCACACCAGUAGCCGGUGGCCAAAUUAGGGACCACCUCUCUGCACAGACUCUCUCAUCAAGGAAAACUCCCACGAGAAAGAUAAUGUUAAGGGGUUAUUUCAACAGAAGCCCAAAACAUAUUGGGGUCAGGGGGGUGAGGAAUAUAAAUAGCACUUGUCAAUGAGUUUUUAAUAC